UGAACAGAGCGGAAUAGGUGGAAAUAUUCAUCACGUUGAGCAAUUUGUUCCUGACAGAGCUUUGUCAUGUUUCUCUUGCUUAAGAAAAAUACUAGCUUUUAAACGAAAGAGGAAUGACCAUGAUCCGUUUGAAAGGAACGCUGUUGUUUUCCCCGCAAAACACCCGGACACAAUUUGAUGACGGACCAGUCCGCUUCCGGUGCAGUUGUCAACAGAGCAGCACAACGCGUGUUUCCAAAUAGACAAAAUGCCAAAAGUUCAAAAAGGAAAAGUGUCGGAGAAAGUCGUUCACCCGUUCAGCAGGAAAGCUGCUUAUCUGGCCCGAGAGGAAAUCCGACUGAAAAGGAAAGAAAGGCAGAAAAAUGACAAAGCCACACGUCUGAGCAGCAUUGGUGAGAAGCUGCUGUGGUUUCAGGGACAGUUGGAUCCAGCAAAGACGGCUUACACCAAAAAAGAUGCCUGUGACAUCAUUGAGAGGUACCUGCAAAGGUUUGAUUCUGAACUGGAGCAGAUCGAGUUGACGAACGGGAUCAAAGGUCGUCAGGGUCGUCUCCAUGGAGCCAGAGAAGCUGUCAUCAAACAGACCAUUGAGCGGGAGCGAGCACAGUAUGAGGGCAUAGGAUUAGAGAUCCCAGACAUCAUUAAUGCAAAGCAUCUGAAAACAUUCAGGGAGUGGACUGGCGAUCUGAAGAAACUUCCAAAUAUCAAACUGCGGAAAGUGUCUAACAAAGGUCUAGACACAAAGAAUGAAGGACAGGAGAAUGAUGAGGCAGAAGAAGAGGAUAAUGAGGAUGAUGACGUUGCUUUGGAUGAUGAGCAGUUGGAUGAGAUGGUUCUGAUGUCGGACUGAAACUUAGGCUCUUCAUAUUCGGCCAUGUCUUAGUAUUAAAGUGUCUGUCGUCCUUCCAGGACAAGUGAACAUCAACUGGCUUUCAGCAAAGACUCUUUAUAGAAAAACUGUUUGCGUGCCUGUGUGAGAAGAUGGUGCUGCUCCAUUACUGUCCAGAAGAUGGCGCCAAAACCUUGGAGAUGGAAAACUACUUUUUUUUUAUCAGUCAUCCCUCUUUCUGAGUCUUCUUAUUUUAAAAAACUUAACACCAACCUGUGAGGGGUUCUACAUUCAUUGUUUAUUACACAAAUAAAUAUGCAUUGUAUGUAA